UAAAGGCAAAUUGGAGAGUGGAGCAAUCACAAUCAUUUUACAACCUCUCGAACCUUGAAGGAAGCGACCAGUACCACAAGAAAUGAAGAACCUGCAAAAUAUCUUAGCAUUCUUAGGCGUCUUUAUAGUUUUCUGCUCUUGGAUUUCCUUUUCACAAGCUUUGCAAAAUUUCGUUCCCGUCGGAUGUUUCAAAGACAAACUUCAAGACAGAGCCUUACCUGACCUGAUCAUAAACCAUCGCAUCUCCGAUCCUGUCAUCGACUGGUCGAACCUCUCCAUAACCGUGCAGUCGUGUGCAAAAGCUGCACAAGACAAGGGCUAUGUGUACUUUGCCUUGCAGUUCUGGGGCGAGUGCUGGGCGGGGCAUUCUGGUCACCUGACCUAUGACAAGCAUGGACCAUCUACACAUUGUGAGAGAGGUGUUGGUAAAGGGUAUACGAACUUUGUCUAUAGGAAUACUGGAGUGGAUAAUGAAUGUGAAGCACCCAGGGUCCUAGAUUCAGAGGAUCGAGCCAUGACCUACAGCAAAAAGUUAGCUCCUUUCUUGUGUGAUGAACACAUGGUCCCAGGCUGGUAUCGAUUCAAGGGCAAGGCUGGUAACGCUAUCGCUAACACUUGUCCGGCAAAGUGGAGUUGUGGGACCCACAUGGCAGGAUGGAUGAAGGGAUCCCAUCCUCAGCCGUCUCAAGGUAUCACAGAUGCCAAGGUUUGCAUUCAUUAUCCAGAACAAAAUAACUGUUGUGUUGGGGAGGAACCAAUCAAGGUCCGUAACUGUGGAAGGUUCUACGUCUACAAACUAAAGCCUGCAGAAAUUGGAUGUUUCUCGCGUUACUGUGGUAACGGCCGAUAAGUAUAGAGAAUGUUCCAGGCGUUGCAUCAGUGUUCAUUCCUGAGUGAAGGAAACAAAGUUCGUCAAAGACUAUUAUAGAAUAUU